AUGUGUUUUUCCAUGAAACAAAAUAUAUCCAAGUUACGAACUUCAUACACAAACUUAGAUGAUGAUGAACAACAGCUAAAAUGCCUACAUGGACUAAGAAUGCUGACGAUAUUAUGUGUUAUUUAUAUACAUUCGAUGAUGAUCACUCGCAUUUUUCCGGAAAAUCCACGUUUCACGGAAAAAAUGUAUGAUAACGUGAUAUAUUAUGUAAUUUUUAACGGGACUGUACUCGUCCAAACAUUCUUUAUAAUGGCAGGAUUCCUGUUGUCAUAUAAAUUAGAAAAAUUGUCAGAAAAGCAAAAACUUACAUGGCAUUGGAUACCAAAAGGAAUUUUGUUUACACUGCUAAGGUUAACUCCAUCGUAUGCUUUAAUUCUUAUAUUUACAAUAACGUGGCUUGGUUAUCUCGGUUCAGGACCCUACUGGCAGGUUGCCAUUUUGAGUGAGGUGGAGUGGUGUCGAGAAAGCUGGCUGUAUAAUUUGUUCUAUCUAAACAAUUAUGUAAAUCCCAAUAGAUGUAUGUAUCAUUCAUGGUACGUGGCCGCCAAUGUCCAAUUAAUGAUACUUGGCUACUUUGUUUGUGUAUUGGCAAGAGGAACAUCAGCAAAGAAAUGGACUAUAGCCAUUCUAAUUGUUGUUGGCUCAAUUAUACCAGCUGCUCAUACAUUCUACCAGGACUUAGACGCUGUAUUGUUUGUUGCUCCUGAAUUGGCAUCAACAUAUUUUGUGAAUCCGACCUAUGUAUAUGUGUAUACUCGAGCACACAAUAAUAUACCAGAUUUUGUGAUGGGUAUCGCAUUGGGAUACUAUACGCACUAUGUGCAAAAGGAAAAAGUUGAUUUAGUCAAAUUUCAGAAAUAUAAAUUUUUAUUUACAUUACCGCUACCAAUGAUAAUUGGGCUAUUAAUAAUCGGAUUUCCAUUUAUAAACGGUACAUCUGUGUAUGUGCGAGCUUUAUAUGCUGGCUUACAUAAACCAAUAUACGGUGUUUUCUUAUGUAUGAUGAUAUUUGGAUCGAUUUUCAAACUUGAAAAUACUUGGAGACCAAUACUGGAAUGGAAUAUGUGGCAAGUACCAUCGAAACUCACAUAUGUGGUAUAUCUUAUACACUUGACUGUCACACGUUUUAUACUGGGACACAACACUAUGGUGUACACCAACUCUUUAUUAAACAAGGCCCUGGCUGCAUUUGGAGUUGCAAUCGCAGUGUUCUUAUUGUCUUUCCUUUUUGGGUGUGCUUCGAGGGGCCAAUUAUCGAGUUAUGUAAAUUACCAUUCAUGA